AUGGCAAAGGUAACGGAAUUUAAGGUGGGCAUGACGUGUGAGGGCUGCUCAAGCGCCUGUACGCGCAUUCUUACGAAAAUUGAAGGCGUGACCGAUGUCAAGUGCGACAUCGAGAAGCAACAAAUUCUAGUCGAGGGCGAUGCCGAUACAAAUACAAUGCUGGAGGCGCUGCUUAAGUGGUCUAAGGCAAGUGGCAAGACGGUCGAGUUAGCUGCGUAA